AUACGGACAAUAAGACGAGACAUGUCCGAAAGCCGUCACGAGGCAAAAUCCGUGAGUUCAGACGUGCUUUCGUUUACUUCAACUCACAGGUCCCACCCCACUUCUUUUUCUUCCUUCAAUCUCUCUCCCAUGUUCUCUGCUCUCUCUGUACCUCCUUCAAUCUCCACACCCAGCAUUCAACCUCCAAACCCGGCAUUCAACCUCCAAACCCAGCAUUCAAUCUCCAAACCCAGCAUUCAAUCCUCCCCAGAUCCUUAAACCCAGCUCCAUUUUUUUUCUACUGAUAAAUGCAUGAGUUAAUUUCCAAAACCCAGAACCCGAUCCUUAAACCCAGCUCCAUUUUUUUUCUACUAAUAAAUGCAUGAGUUAAUUUCCAAAACCCAGAACCCAAUUUUUUUCUUCCACUUUUUUGCACUAAAUUUGCAAAACGCUUUUGUAAUUUGGUGUUAGAAUUCCAAAAAUGAUCUCCAAAGGCGCCAACUUUGGCACAUUUGUUUCGGUUGGGGUUUUGGUUCUGUGUUGGGUGCACUUUGUGGAGUGCCAGGAUGUGGGGGACUAUGACCAAAUAGACAACCCAGCAGUUAUUCCUCUCAUCACUCAGAUUGUCUACGGCCGUAUCUCCAAUGUCACUGCAGUCCUCAGCCGACAAAUCAGCAAUCGUUCCAGCUUCUGCGUGAAGGACCCGGAAGCCGAUUGGAACGAGGCGUUUAAUUUUUCAUCCAAUGUGGAUUUCUUAACUUCCUGCAUUCAAAAAACUAAAGGAGAUGUUAUGCGGCGGUUGUGUACAGCAGCUGAAAUGAAGUUCUACUUCAAUAGUUUCUUUGAAAAAUCUGAGACUGCAAAUUACUUAAGACCAAACAAGAACUGCAAUUUGACCUCAUGGAUUUCUGGGUGUGAGCCAGGAUGGGCUUGUCGUGUUGGCCCAAAUGAGCAGGUUGACCUCGAAAAUUCACAGGACAUCCCUGCCAGGACUCAGAGCUGCCAACCUUGUUGUGAGGGUUUCUUUUGCCCCCAUGGUCUUACAUGCAUGAUACCUUGCCCAUCAGGUUCUUAUUGUCCCCAAGCAACGCUGAACAAAUCCACCGGUGUGUGUGAACCAUACAAUUACCAAUUACCUCCGGGGCAACCAAAUCAUACUUGUGGAGGAGCAAAUUUAUGGGCUGAUGUUGGUAGUAGUAGUGAAGUAUUUUGUUCAGCUGGAUCAUAUUGCCCAACCACCGUGAAAAGCAUUCCUUGUAGUAGCGGACACUACUGCAGGAUGGGUUCUACAUCUGAGAAACGCUGCUUUGCUUUGACUUCCUGCAAUCCAAACACUGCAAAUCAAAAUAUGCAUGCAUAUGGAAUAAUGCUAAUUGCAGCUUUGAGUACUCUGCUACUUAUUAUAUACAAUUGUUCAGAUCAAGUUCUCACCACUAGGGGGAGGAGACGGGCUAAAUACCGAGAAGCAGCAGCCAGAAGUGCAAGGGAAACAGCAAAAGCACGCCAAAGAUGGAAAUCUGCAAAAGAAGCUGCUAAGAAGCAUGCAAGUGGAUUACAAGCUCACUUAUCACGUACCUUUUCUCGAAAAAAUGACAGCUCAGAACUUGAGAAACUUAAGAUGUUGACUCAAUCUAGAUCUCACACAGAUGAUGACCUUUCAAUAUCACCACAUCCAAGUAGAUCCGGUGUUUCUCGGUCCUCACCUGUGCCAUCAGAAGGAAAGAAAAAGGAACCUACUGAGCUCAUGCAGAUUAUGCAUAAAAUUGAAGAAGACCCUGAGGGUUAUGAAGGUUUCAGUAUUGGAGCUGAGGAUACGAAUGUAGGAAAUGUGCCAAAAGGAAAGACGAUCAAUACUCAUAGCCAAAUUUUCAAGUAUGCUUAUGGUCAACUUGAGAAAGAGAAGGCUCAGCUGCAAGAGUACAAGGACCUAACCUUCUCGGGGGUGGUUAAAAUGGCAACUAAUAACGAAAUAAGGAAACGGCCUCUCAUUGAGAUUUCUUUCAAAGACCUAACGAUUACUUUGAAAGCAAAAAACAAGCAUCUACUGAGGUGUGUAACUGGUAAAAUUAGGCCUGGCCGCAUCACUGCUGUUAUGGGUCCAUCAGGGGCUGGAAAAACAACGUUUCUUUCUGCCCUAGCUGGAAAAGCAAUUGGAUGCAAUACGACUGGUUUAAUUCUCAUAAAUGGAAAGAAUACAUCAAUCCAUUCGUAUAAAAAAAUCGUAGGGUUUGUGCCGCAAGAUGAUAUCGUGCAUGGAAACUUGACUGUGGAAGAGAAUCUAUGGUUCAGUGCUAAGUGCAGAUUAUCCGUGGACUUACCACAAGCGGACAAAGUUUUAGUGGUUGAAAGAGUUAUCGAGUCCUUGGGGCUUCAAACAGUACGUGGUUCCUUAGUUGGAACGGUGGAGAAGCGAGGAAUUUCUGGAGGCCAGAGGAAACGAGUAAAUGUUGGCUUGGAAAUGGUUAUGGAACCUUCACUUUUGAUUUUGGAUGAGCCCACAUCCGGUCUAGACAGCGCCUCUUCUCAGCUACUUCUUAGAGCACUUAGACGGGAAGCUCUUGAAGGGGUAAAUAUCUGCAUGGUGGUUCACCAGCCUAGCUAUGCCUUGUUCAAGAUGUUUGAUGAUCUGGUACUCCUGGCAAAAGGUGGUCUGACUGUUUAUCAUGGACCAGCAAAGAAAGUAGAAGAAUACUUUGCAGGCCUUGGGAUCAAUGUCCCAGACCGAGUCAACCCUCCAGACCACUUCAUUGACAUUUUAGAGGGUGUAGUCGCAACGGAAAGAAGCUCGGGAGUGAGUUAUGAUGAGCUUCCCAUCAGAUGGAUGCUUCAUAAUGGGUACUCAGUACCUCCUGAGAUGAGGCAGAGUGCCACCGGACUCGCAAUGUCAUCGAUGGAUGAAAAUUCAAAUCGUGAAACAAAUUCUUCUGGUGAUGAUAUGAUGGAACGGUCUUUUGUCGGAGAGGUAUGGCAAGAUGUGAAAAGUACUGUGGAUCUGCAUCGUGAUAAGAUACAGCUUAAUUUCUUGAAAUCCAAGGAUUUAUCGAACCGGAGAAUUCCAGGUUUAUGUCUACAGUACAGAUACUUCCUGGGCAGAGUUGGUAAGCAGAGACUACGGGAAGCUCGCAUGCAAGCAGUGGAUUAUUUGAUUUUAUUUCUUGCUGGAGCCUGCUUAGGAUCACUUUCAAACGUCAGAGAUCAGACCUUUGGUGCAGGCGGUUACACUUAUACUGUUAUUGCAGUUUCUCUACUGUGCAAAAUUGCGGCUUUGAGGUCUUUUUCUCUAGACAGAUUACACUAUUGGAGAGAGAGUGCUUCGGGGAUGAGCAGCUUGGCUUAUUUCCUGGCUAAGGAUACUAUUGAUCAUUUUAAUACAGUGAUAAAACCUGUAGUGUAUUUGUCUAUGUUCUACUUCUUUACCAACCCAAGAUCUAGGUUUGCAGAUAACUACGUUGUUCUGGUCUGCCUUGUGUAUUGUGUAACUGGUAUAGCCUACGCGUUAGCAGUCUCUUUCGAACAAGGUGCAGCCCAACUAUUAUCGGUACUCCUUCCAGUUGUUUUGACUCUUAUAGCAACACGGCAGCAAGAUAGUGAAUUUAUGAAGAUUUUAGCUAAGUUGUGCUACCCGAGGUGGGCGUUGGAGGCAUUAGUGACUGCAAAUGCUGAAAGGUAUGCCGGAGUAUGGCUGAUAACUCGCUGCGGGUCACUUCUAAAAACCGGCUAUAAUCUUCAUAACUGGAAUCUUUGUAUAAUCAUCCUAACAUUCAUCGGUGUAGUUAGUCGGGCGAUAGCAUUCUUUUGUAUGGUGACCUUUCAGAAGAAGUGAGUGAGAUCAUAGAUCAACAGUCAGCGUUGAUAGGGAAGGCAUUGUCCAAAGCAGAUAAGGUAAAAUGUAUGUUAGGAGCUGUUGAGCACCACGCCUCGAUGCUUUGUGUGGGUUCAGGUUUUGUUACUAGUAAGAUGUAUACAUCUCCCAUGAGAUUGCUCUGGAAAUUGAAUCUGAAUCUGAAGCUGUAUAUUUUUUAUAGGUUAAUCUUUUUUUAA